CUUAAGCAAAACCAUUUGAACAUACAAACGAAACAAUGACAAACUCAGCACGAGUUUAAGAAAAGAAAAGUUACUGAAAAUUGGUCGAAUUUAGUGAAUCUGCUGCAGCAUGGAAAACCGAAAAUCUUUUUGCGGUCUAAUAAACGGCGCCAAGAGAGAAUUCGCCUACAUAGCAAUUUACAAAGUAUAAGUAUUUUUUUUUUUUUUUUACAAAAAGGCUAUGUCGAAUAGGAAAUUCAUCUUUAAUGGUCACGCACGUUCGCUCUGCUUUGCCACUUAUUGCAUUUGUUGCAGGUCUGUGUGGAUGCUGAACAAGUAAAUGCAACAGCUUAGAACGAGCUGCUAGUUUACAAAUAAAAUUGCAGCUCUUUCAAGGUGGAGGCUAUGGCUAAAUCUGCGGCUGCUGCUUCAAAAUAUGUACAUUUGUAUAUAUGUAUAUGUGCUGGGAUGUACGUACAAUUGGUUGCUUUCAUUGCUUUCACGAAAGCGCAGCUCUACUGGCCAGCCGUCUCACUAAUUGGCGUGAUAUUUAGACUAAAACAAAGAGAUGUUUUUCAAUUUUUCAGCAGGCGCUUGACAUGCAGCCAUGCCAGGCGCAAUUAAGCAUCAAGAAACUUGGCUAGGAGGUAUAUAAUGCCUAAGAUGCAACUGCCAGCACUCAGUCGAUCAUCAAAAGUGCAGCCACAGUGCCAGUACCCGCCCCAGCCGUAGUUCCAUUUAACAUUUUGACCGCUGCAUGCCAUUCAGGAUAGCCGUAGGAAUCACUUCGAUCGAAUCCCACCAGCCCAGAUAUGAUUAAAUACGUGUGGCAUGUGGCAGCUCUGAUGAUUGUCUUCUGUUGGCUGUCAAGUGCGCGUAGUGCCAGUUAUCAGCAGCAGCAAUUGAAUAGCCUGGUCAUGGAUCAGAAGCCUCAACAGCAACAGAAUCGGAUACAGCAGGCAUCGAGUGGCACUAGUCCGGUUAGCUUUUGGAAGGACAUGUCGCUGAUUUAUCGCAUAUAUCAGCAAUGUACUGGUGAAAAUAUGUCCGUUUAUCUAAAGGUGAAACUACUAACUGGCCUGGAAAAGGCUUUCCGUUCGGCAAAAUCCUUGACCCUCUUCGAGGGUGUUCAGUUUGUGAGCAGCAGUCCGGACAAUCAGCAGCGAUCCAAGCUGCCAUCGAUCAGUGAACAGGAUAUUGAGGCUGUACUGCCGCGUGGAGUAGAUGCCAAGGAGCAGGUUCUGAAUAGCAUGAUUAUGAAGCGUGUUGGCAACUUUCUGCAAGAUCACACUCUACAGAUUAAAUUCCCUGAUCUACGCGACACGGAUAGCAACUCUGUAGAGGGACGUAAGAAGAAGAAUAAAAAGGGCAGUGGAGCUUAUAUAAUGAUUCCCUUGCUGCUUGGCGGCACAUUUGUGCCAAUUGCCUAUGGAGCCUUGGCUAUGCUGGCCGGUAAAGCCUUAAUUGUCUCUAAAUUGGCGCUGGUAUUGGCAUCCAUAAUUGGCAUCAAGAAACUAUUGAGUGGCGGCGGCGGAGGCAAGUAAUCCUCUCAUGAAGUUGUUGUCUCCUCUGGCGGCCAUUCGGGCUGGGGUCGGGACUUUGAUAUGGCCUACAGCGGCU